AUGGAUCCUAACAUACGGUUACAACUCUACCUACGCUGCCCAUCUUUCGGAACUGCCCACAAUAAUGAAGCAAUGAGAAUCAGGGAUCUAAAAGUGCGACCAGACAACUUUGAGAUCAAUGGGACUAUCUACAGCCUAGGAGUGAUUACCCAAUACACGGACACACCGAAUCCAAGAUCUGUAGUUUUGGACAACGCUAAAGGUGGAAUCCAAGAAGACGUUGAUGUCUACGGUCUCCCGCCAAGACAGACACAAGAUGAGGCAAAAAAUGUGGAAUUGGAUAACGGUGAAAUUGUCAGUUUAAGAGAAACGAUAGAAAGAAUGGAGCAAGAUGAUGCGAGACGAGGAAUUCCUGGAAAGCCUGGAAAUCGCAUUAGGAUUCAGCGGCUCAAUUUGAAGGCUGAAGCAUAUAACAUGAGAAUCAACGAUACUCCGCCGCCAUACCGUCAUUAUCUGCAAUUGAGCAUUUCAGCAGGAGAACUAGUGAAAACGGAGCGUGUGGUUUUUGACAAGAAUUUUGGAAUUGCCCGCGAAUAUAUUGAGAAGAUGGUGUUUGGCAUCAGCAAAGUUCGAGUAGAAAACCUUCAAAUUGGUGGUGACAAGUAUCUAACUGAUUGGGAUAACAACAUCGGUUUCCAGCACGGUCCUCCUUGCCAGGAUCCACUUUUCCAGUACACACCACAAACAGAUAGUGUGAAACCAUUACUGUCGAUUCGAAGUGUAGAAAUAGGCGUGCUGAAAGUCACUGGAAUACUGACGAAUGCGUUGGCUAGUCUCAGACCCAUCUUGUCUCAGGUCCCAUUAAAAACACUAAAGGCAGUUUGUCAUCGACGAACUUUUCCCGAGGACCCAAUUGUUAACACAACAGAGUUCCUUAAAAUCGAUGGGGUCUCGCCAAUAAAUGUACUAAGUAACCGUCCAAACGACCGAAUUCAUAUCCGUUUUUCCUUUUGUCAAAAUGACGAAGAUUUGAUCAACUUGGUAAACGAAUGGAAACAAAGGGAGAUCCGAAUUGGAACUUAUUACUCGAUAAAAGAUCGCUAUGAUGACUCGAUUACGGUUAUCUUCAGAACGUUAAAAAACAUUCCAGGUGCAAAGUUUGGCGAGAACGAAGAAACAAGAUUGACUGCAUUUCCGGAGUGCAUCAUUGUCCCGAUGGGAAACGAUACGGAGCUGAAUGUCUACCGCACCGAGCCGAUUGAAGUAGAGAGGGACUCCUACAGUAGUAUUGUGAAAAUAAAUUGGCAACCGAGAGGAUAUGCUACAGCUAACGAGGAUAUGUAG